UUGCGCUCGUGCCCGCGCCCGUGUCUCUGUGGAGCUGCCUGGGCCGCCCCCCUGCCCGCCGCCUUGGCUCCUCGAGGGCCGAUGCGGGUCGCGGGGCUGAGGGGAGCGACGUAGCUGUCGCCCGCGCGGCCACCUGGGCUGGGCCUGGCGCGACCCCGGCCCCGACCCCGCCCGGCGCGAGGCGGCCGGACGGCAGUCCUGCUGCGGGGCCAUGGCCGAGCGCGGGUGCCCGCUGGAGGCGGUGCCGCUGCCCGCUGAGGUGCGGGAGAGCCUGGCCGAGCUGGAGCUGGAGCUGUCGGAAGGUGACAUCACUCAAAAAGGAUAUGAAAAGAAAAGGGCAAAGCUGCUUGCACGCUGCGUACCCCUCAUUCAAGGAGUAGACCCCUCCCUGCAAGUGGAGAAUAGCAUCCUUGGGCCCGCACAAGCCUCGGCCCCCGCGCCCAAGCAGCCCAAGCCACGGCCCAGCAACGCCCGGGACGAGCGCUUCCGGUCAGAUGUUCACACCGAGGCCGUGCAGGCAGCUUUGGCCAAAUACAAAGAGAGGAAGAUGCCCAUGCCAUCCAAGAGGCGCUCUGUCCUCACGCACGCGUCUGUGGAGGCCUAUACACCCCCAGACACGUCAUCUGCCUCAGAAGAUGAGGGCUCUUUACAGCGCCCCGGGCAACUGGCCUCCGCUCCGCUGCAGAGCCGCCCCAGCAUCGAGCCCUGGCCCGACCCGGCCAUUCAGGGCUCGUCCACCUCAUCCUCCGCAUCCUCCACCUCAUCUCACCCGGGAGGGCAGCCUGCCGCCACGCCCAGUGCUGCCGCCGCGCUUGCCGGCCCCGCGGCCCUCGCCCGCGUAGCAGAUCUGCACUCUGCCCCUCCUGAUGUCACCACGGGCCUCGUGCAGCAUCAGCACGCAUACUGUGAGCGUCCGCAGCUGGCCUCCGUGAGAGGAGUCCCUCGGGGGUGCCGCGGGAGUGUCCUAGAGACGGCAGGUGGUGUCCCCGUGAACAGCAGAGUGUCCUCCAAGAUCCAGCAGCUUCUGAACACCCUGAAGAGGCCAAAGCGUCCUCCCCUGAAGGAGUUCUUCGUGGAUGAUUUCGAGGAGCUGUUGGAAGUGCAGCAGCCAGAUCCGAACCAGCCGAAGCCCGAGGGCAGCCAGAUGGCGGUGCUGCGAGGGGAGCCCCUGGCCGAGGGCUCCUGGCCGCCCUCGCUGCUGGCCGCCCUGCAGCAGUGGGGUACCACACAGCCCAAAGCCCCGUGCCUGACUGCCCUGGACACCGCUGGGAAGGCCGUCUACACCCUCACCUAUGGCAAACUUUGGAGUCGAAGUUUAAAACUAGCUUAUACGCUACUUAAUAAACUGACUAAUAAGAACGAACCACUGCUUAAACCUGGAGACAGAGUGGCGCUGGUGUUCCCGAAUAGUGACCCAGUGAUGUUCAUGGUUGCGUUCUACGGGUGUCUCCUGGCCGAGCUGGUUCCUGUCCCCAUCGAAGUGCCACUCACCAGAAAGGAUGCUGGCAGCCAGCAGGUUGGGUUUCUGCUGGGCAGCUGUGGCGUCUCCCUGGCCCUGACCACAGAUGCUUGUCAGAAAGGCCUGCCCAAGGCUCAGACCGGAGAGGUGGUGACCUUCAAAGGCUGGCCCCCCCUCACCUGGCUGGUGAUCGAUGGGAAGCACCUGACCAAGCCCCCCAAGGACUGGCACCCGGCAAUGCAGGAUGCGGGGCCCGGGACCGCCUACAUCGAGUACAAAACCAGCAAGGAGGGAAGUACGGUGGGAGUGGCGGUGUCCCAUGCGUCCCUGCUAGCACAGUGCCAGGCUCUGACCCAGGCGUGCGGCUACUCGGAAGCUGAAACAUUAACAAAUGUGCUGGAUUUCAAAAGGGAUGCCGGCCUGUGGCAUGGAGUGUUAACAAGCAUCUUGAAGAGGAUACAUGUGGUCAGCAUCCCAUAUGCGCUGAUGAAGGCGAACCCACUCUCCUGGAUUCAGAAAGUGUGUGUGUAUAAAGCCCAAGCUGCACUGGUGAAGUCCCGCGACAUGCAUUGGUCUCUCUUGGCUCAGCGAGGUCAGAGGGACGUCAGCCUCAGCUCCCUGCGUCUGCUGAUCGUAGCUGAUGGUGCAAACCCCUGGUCCAUAUCCUCCUGUGAUGCGUUCCUCAACGUCUUCCAGGCCAGAGGUCUGAGGCCAGAGGUCAUCUGCCCCUGUGCCAGCUCACCGGAGGCGCUCACCGUGGCCAUCCGCAGGCCUCCUGACCUGGGGGGCCCUCCUCCAAGAAGAGCUGUGCUGUCCAUGAGUGGACUCAGUCACGGGGUGAUCAGAGUGGAUGCUGAGGAGAAGCUGUCGGUCCUCACAGUUCAGGACGUCGGCCAGGUGAUGCCUGGAGCCAACGUGUGUGUUGUGAAGGUGGAGGGCACCCCUCAUCUCUGCAAAACUGAUGAAGUUGGAGAGAUCUGUGUGGACUCCAGUGCGACGGCAACAGCGUACUAUGGGCUGCUUGGGAUCACCAAAAACGUCUUUGAGACUGUCCCGGUCACCGCUGGGGGCGCACCUGUCUCCGACCGACCUUUCACCAGGACGGGGCUUCUGGGCUUCAUCGGGCCUGAUGACCUGGUCUUCGUCGUGGGCAAGCUGGACGGGCUGAUGGUGGUGGGAUUUCGUAGACACAACGCGGAUGACGUGGUGGCCACUGCGCUGGCCGUGGAGCCCAUGAAGUUUGUCUACAGAGGCAGGAUUGCAGUGUUCUCCGUGACAGUGCUCCAUGAUGACCGGAUCGUGCUGGUGGCGGAGCAGCGACCUGACGCCUCCGAGGAGGACAGCUUCCAGUGGAUGAGCCGCGUGCUGCAGGCCAUCGACAGCAUCCACCAGGUGGGCGUGUACUGUCUGGCCCUGGUUCCUGCCAACACCUUGCCCAAGGCUCCUCUCGGUGGGAUUCACGUUUCUGAAACCAAGCAGCGCUUCCUGGAGGGGAUGCUGCACCCGUGUAACGUGUUGAUGUGCCCUCACACAUGUGUUACCAACCUUCCUAAGCCUCGGCAGAAGCAGCCAGAGGUUGGGCCUGCCUCCAUGAUCGUUGGGAACCUGGUCGCAGGGAAGAGAAUCGCUCAGGCCUCAGGGAGGGAGCUGUCGCACCUAGAGGACAGUGAGCAGGCUAGGAAGUUCCUGUUCCUGCCUGACGUGCUGCAGUGGCGGGCCCACACCACCCCCGAACACCCGCUGUUCUUGCUGCUCAAUGCCAAGGGCACAGUCACCAGCACCGCAACCUGUGUCCAGCUCCACAAAAAGGCCGAGCGAGUGGCCGCUGCUCUGAUGGAGAAGGCGAGGCUGAGUGCCGGGGCCCAUGUGGCCCUGGUCUACCCUCCAGGGGUGGACCUCAUUGCUGCCUUCUAUGGCUGCCUGUACUGCGGCUGCGUGCCCGUCACUGUGCGGCCCCCACACCCCCAGAACCUUGCCACCACACUUCCUACCGUCAAGAUGAUUGUGGAGGUCAGCAAGUCUGCGUGUGUGCUCACCACACAGGCCAUCAUGCGCCUGCUCAGGUCCAAAGAAGCAGCAGCCACCGUGGACGCCAGGACCUGGCCGGCCAUUCUGGACACAGAUGACAUACCCAAGAAGAAGGUGGCCAGCAUCUUCAGGCCCCCAUCGCCAGAUGUGCUUGCGUACUUGGACUUCAGCGUGUCAACGACAGGGAUCCUGGCGGGUGUGAAGAUGUCUCAUGCGGCCACCAGCGCCCUGUGCCGCUCCAUCAAGCUGCAGUGUGAGCUGUACCCCUCUAGGCAGAUCGCCAUCUGCCUCGACCCCUACUGCGGCCUCGGCUUCGCCCUGUGGUGUCUGUGCAGCGUCUACUCUGGACACCAGUCGGUGCUGGUGCCCCCGCCGGAGCUGGAGACCAACGUGUCCCUGUGGCUGUGGGCCGUCAGCCAGUACAAGGCGCGCGUCACCUUCUGCUCCUACUCGGUGAUGGAGAUGUGUGCCCGGGGCCUGGGUGCGCAGACGGCGGCACUCAGAAUGAAGGGCGUGAACCUGUCGUGUGUGCGCACGUGCAUGGUGGUGGCUGAGGAGCGGCCCAGAAUCGCGCUCACACAGUCCUUCUCCAAGCUGUUCAGAGACCUGGGCCUGCCCGCGCGCUCCGUGAGCACCACGUUCGGCUGCAGGGUCAACGUGGCCAUCUGCCUCCAGGGCACAGCUGGCCCAGACCCCACAACUGUCUAUGUGGACAUGAGGGCACUGCGCCAUGACAGGGUACGUCUGGUGGAACGGGGCUCUCCGCACAGUCUGCCAUUGACUGAGUCUGGAAAGAUUCUCCCUGGAGUGAAGGUCAUCAUCGCCCACACGGAGACCAGAGGGCCCCUGGGAGACUCGCACCUGGGGGAGAUCUGGGUGAGCAGCCCCCACAAUGCCACCGGGUACUACACAGUCUACGGGGAAGAGGGGCUCCAUGCCGACCACUUCAGUGCCCGGCUGAGUUUCGGAGACACCCAGACUGUUUGGGCGAGGACUGGCUUCCUGGGCUUCCUUCGAAGGACAGAGCUCACCGACGCCAGCGGAGAGCGACAUGACGCGCUGUACGUGGUGGGGUCUCUGGACGAGACGCUGGAGCUGAGGGGCAUGCGCUACCACCCCAUCGACAUCGAGACGUCCGUGAUCCGUGCGCACAGGAGCAUCGCUGAAUGCGCUGUAUUCACCUGGACCAACCUGCUGGUGGUGGUGGUGGAGCUGGACGGGCUGGAGCAGGACGCGCUGGACCUGGUGGCCCUGGUGACAAACGUGGUGCUGGAGGAGCACCACCUGGUGGUGGGCGUGGUGGUCAUCGUGGACCCGGGUGUCAUCCCCAUCAACUCCCGUGGGGAGAAGCAGCGCAUGCACCUGCGCGAUGGCUUCCUAGCCGACCAGCUGGACCCCAUCUAUGUGGCCUACAACAUGUGAGCCCCCUCAGCCCCGACCAGCUGGACCCCACCUGCGUGGCCUACAACACGUGAGCCCACUCAGCCCCGACCAGCUGGACCCCACCUGCGUGGCCUACAACACGUGAGCCCGCUCAGCCCCGACUAGCUGGACCCCAUCCAUGUGGCCUACAACACGUGAGCCCACUCAGCCCCGACCAGCUGGACCUCACCUGCGUGGCCUACAACACGUGAGCCCGCUCAGCCCCGACCAGCUGGACCCCAUCCAUGUGGCCUACAACACGUGAGCCCACUCAGCCCCGACCAGCUGGAGCCCACCUGCGUGGCCUACAACACGUGAGCUCGCUCAGCCCCAGCCCAAGAGGGGUCUCACGAGCCAUUGGAGGGGCUGGGGUACGUCUGCAGCCCCUGGGGAGAGGAUCCCAGGCUCCUGAGCACAGGGCCCCACCCAUGCGCUUACAUACCCAUCUCAUUCUAGAAACCACUUCUGAAUUACUCAAAACCUUUUAAUCAUCUGGAACUUUUACAGAAGCAUGAAUGUCAGUGUUGCAACAGAUGGUGUGACGGAAAGAAGCCUUGUGCGGGCACUGCAGAUGCUGUAGGUGUAGUCCUCUGCUGUACUAUGAGUUUGCACUUUUUUUAGGCUAAAAAUACAGUUCUCAAUUUUAAAAAUUCAACUAUACCAUUUCAGAUGACAAGGUCAUACUUAGAAUUUAUGUGAGAAGGAAUUUGAGGCCCAGGGACAGCUGCUUCAGUUCUGAUUCACAGGGAAGAGCAAAAUACAGAAAGGCUGGUGGGCAGGGCAUGAUCCUAGCCUGGCCCCCUCUUCCCCACCCCCGACCUGCUUUGGGCCCCAGACCAGGCUCAUGCACACACACUUCCUCUCUGAACAUAGGUAUGCCGGCUGCCGGCCUGUGUCAUCUCUAACCCUUGACAGGGUCCAUCAGGUGAGCAGCUGUUUCAGAAAGAUAAAGGAACGCUGAGUUUUAAACCUCUUUCUGAGUUUCUGACUUGUUGCUAUUCAGCUGAAGUGCUGAUUUUCAUGACCACGGUAUAGGAUCUUCUCACUGUCCAAAAGUGUACUGAGUUACUGUUUUUAUUCCACAUCAGCAGAUGUGGACUCACCGGUGGGCUGAGGUUUACAUGUGCGGUGGUACAGCCCAGGGCCCGGGAGAACUUUGCCAGCCACUGUCGCAUCUUGAGUUGUGUGCCUAUAAAAUUUGGCCAAAUCAUGUUCACUUAUUUUAUUUGAACUCGACUAAACUGAGUGAUAUAAUAUAGUAAAUAUAAAUCAGAGAACAUGAAAUCCUUUAGAUACUUCUAAGAAUUUGAAGUGAAGUUCGAAUCUAAGAGAGUAUUUUUGUAUCACUAAUAAAAAACGUGUUACGAAUUGUCAGGGACUGCGGGUCAGAAAGUUUACGAAUCACAUGCUUCCUAGAAACAGCCAGGUUUUUCUGGAAUUAACCUGAAUCAGUGCCUAACAGUUGUUAAUUCUUUACCAUUUAAAAUUCUCCACCAAAAAGGCCUGGCUGACUGGGCUGACUCUCACGUCUAACUCUCGGCUACAAGUAGCUUGUGCUCAGUAGCUCUUGGUAUGCAGUGUGGUAUGUAAGAACAUACUGGAAUUGAACAGUCCUCGUGUAAUUAUGUAUAUAACAUGUGUAACUUAUUGUUUGACAUACAGAGGUUCUACCAGUGGACUAAUGGAUAUUCCUCAUAACAGAAUGGCCUGUAGGAGAGGAACCACCCAGCCCUUUAUGUUGUCAUUUAUAGCAACAGGCAUUGUAAAAUUUUUGUAUUGAAAGGUAAGUGGCAGUAAGAUACGUCUUGUAAAUUAAGAUUUUGAGAAGCAUUAAAAUGUUUUAAAAUUACUCUCUGGGAAUUCUGUAUGUCAGAGAAAAUUUUUAUAUCAUUAUGUUAAUAAAAGUUAUGGACUGUUUGUAAUUCUGCCAUUUGAAAUGUGUGAAAAGAUUUUUUAAAUUACCCCAAAAAGCAGGUAUUUUAUUAUGAAUUUUUCUUUGCUGAAUAUAGAAGCAUUUAUGCUGCAGCAUAAAAUCUACAAAGCACAUUAAAGUAUAAAGAAUAAAAUUUAAAUCUCCCAUAAUCCUACCUCUCGUUUAAUGACAGUAUGUUAGUAUUUGAUGUAAAUCCUUUCCAGGUUUAAUUUUUUUCUUUAAAAACACUUCUACAAAAUUAGGUCAGUCAUAUACUUUUAUAAUCAGCUUUUGUACUUAAUAAAUUAGACUUUUAAUCUGUCCCAUAUAUUCUUCUGCAUGUUUUAACAAUUGUGUCACACAGCAGGUGGGGGCAGCUUGUCCUCACAGGCUCUGUCAGCACCCUCUCAGCCUGCUACCAUGAGCCUCCUCUCGGGAGCACGUUCAUACGCACCGCCUGCCUGGGGCUCAGCUCUGCUGGGGUGAAGCUUUGGGCACUCCAUCCUCGGAAGGGCACAGGGUGGAGAGGCUGUUCCUGGAAACCUGAGAACACUGGCAAUAAAAAAUGAGUCCCUGUCAGUCAAAUAAGUAUCCUGUCUGGUGGUGCUGUAUAUGUUUUCAUGUGUUUGUGGUCAUUUUACUUUCUCAUUUGAUGUGUUUUACUUGGAAGUUUUUAUGGUGUGCAAGGGUUUUUGUUUUUUUAAUUGAUUUGUAGGAGCCAGUUUAUGUUAAGGAUCAGAACCUCUGUAUAAUCCAUACUUUUCCUACUGGGCCAUUUGUAUCUUUUUCUCUGUUUUUGUUUUUAAUUGAAGGAUAAUUGCUUUACAA